GUGUGUGUCUGUGUGUGUGUGUGUGUGUGGGAGCGUCUCACUCUGUGUGAAUGAGCUGCGGGAGAAGAGUGUGACAACAGCUCAGCGGGAGAAGAAACCAUCGCGGAAACAUUUUUCUAACUUCUUCCCGCUUCCCUCCUCAAGCCGUAUGCCCGCGUGACGACUGAAGCGAUUCAGUUAUGGAGCGCUACCUGGAGACUUCCCAGACUGGACACACCUCAAACCCAAAGCCGGGUCUGGCCCCCAAACCUCGGCUUGCUCCUAAGCCCUUCUCCCUGCAGAAGAACACUUCCAUUCGCUCCAUCCACGCUCCAACGACGGUCCCCACCAGAACUGUUAAGUCAACAAAGAACCAAACUGGAAAAUCUGAAGCUGCAGAUGUCUCCAAACUGACUCCGACCGCCCACGCUCAUAAACCUCCUCAGCAAACCACUGCCUCUGGCUCCAGACCCAGCUCUGUGAACAGGAAUGAUAAACCAAAAACUACCAAAGAAGGUAAACCAAGCCCACGUGCUGAAGAUACUCCUGAUUCUAAUGUAGCUCCAAGAAAAUCCGAUCCUGCCUCACAACCUGUUCCACCCAAAGAUACACCCACGUCCGAGCCACUGAAGAAAGACGAUAUCAUCCAAUCAAACCACAAUGCAUCCACUGAUCUUGUUACUAACUUAGAACAGAAAGAUGAGAAAAAGAAAGAAGAUCAAACUCAGAAGCCUGAAGAAUCAGGGAGAGACGCUUCCUCUUCGGCAAAUUCAGCAUAUCGAUGGGGCGGCCCCAGGAAGAGUCUUCCCACGAAGCUCACUUCAAAGUUUCAGUCAGGUGGUGCACCCCUGCCUCCCCAGCCAACGAUAACCAUAUCUAAGAGCACCAGCAAAGAUGAUUCAAACAAACCAGCGUCCUCCAACGUAGAGCAGAACCAGACAACAGAGCCAUCAAGCAGAGAGACUGAUGAAGGAGGACUGACGGAAGAUUAUAACGGAGGAGGAAGUAUUAAACGCAGAAUCAGUCUUCUGUUUGACUCCUCACAGAGGCCAGAGGUCAUGACAAAGAAAGAGGAGCCUGACAUCGUGACCAGUACAGGGGGGGGCGUAAAGGAGCGAAUCAAACACUGGGCGGCGGAAACAAAUUCUGAGGGUGACAAGACGGAGGGGAAUCCUCAGGUUGUACCUCGACCUCGCUCUCGUAGCUUUGAGCCGGUGGCUGCUCCAACUGCAGAGAAAAUACCCAAAACGCCACCACAUGAGAAACCUGCCGUGACCAGAUUGUCGUCUACACAGGAUGUGAAUCCACUUCCAAAAGUCUCCUCAGCUGAACCUCCCUCACAGUCCCCAGAGGAAACACCUAAAGAUAUUUCUACAGAAAAUAAGUCUGUGAAUAGCUCAAGCGAGAAACCUGGUGAGGACGAGCAGAAAUUAACCGAUGGCGACGUUCGACUCCGUAGUCGAAGCCUAUCUGCAACGCAAACAGCUACCGAUGAGGGAGACUCAGCAACCGAAAGUGGCCAGCGCCCUCUAAAGAGAGACAACGUCAAGCGCCGCUCUGUUCGCUUUGGUAUCGUGGAGCGAGACGACGGUGGGCCUCCACUGAUCCUGGGCUCAGCAUCGGAGUCCAGCUCAGAAGAAGAAGAAACUCCUGAGGAUAAAGCUGAGGAGGAAACUCCUGUUUCGUUGCCCGUCUACAGACGAGUGGGAAGUCUUCAGAGGAAGAAUCAGGAGAUGCAAAAACAAGAAGAGGAGCGACUGAAACAUUUGGAGUUUGAAAAACGGAGAGCAGAGGAGAACAAACAGGCAAGACUUAAGUUAGAAGAGGAGCAUAAACGAGAAGAGAAGGAGAAAGAAACCUUGAGGCAGAGGGAAGAGGAAAAACGCAGAGAGGAGGAAAGGGAAAGAGAGAGGUUGAAGGAGGAGGAGAUGGAGAGACAGCGGAAAGAGGAGUGGGAGAUGGAAAUGUUAAGACAAGAGGAACACGAAAGGGAGAGGCUUCGAGAGGAAGAAAGGGAAAGGGAAAGACAGGUGGAGAUUUUGUUGAAGAGACAUAGAGAGGAGGAAAGAGAGAAAGCAAAGCAGAAGGAAGAGAGACUAAAGCUGGAUCAGGAGGAGAGGGAAAGAGAGAAACCGAGGGAGGAGAAGAGGAAAGAGGAGAGACAGAGGGAGGAAAGAGAAAGACAGAGGCUGAGGGAGGAGCAGGAGAGACCGAUUCAUGAACAUGAGGAACACAAAUUAGAGGUGGAACUGAGAGAGAAGGAAAUUAAUAAAAGGAAACAAAGAGAGGAGGUGUGGGAAAAAGAGUGGGUGAAACGAACAGAGAGUUUUGGAGAAGAAGAAAAAGAAGAGAGAGAGAGAGAAAACAAUUUGAUGUGGCAGAGACAGAAAGAGGAGGACAGAGAGAGAGCGAGGCAGAAAGAGGAAAGACUGCAACAAGAGGAGAGGGAGAAAAUAGAGGAAAGACUGAAACAAGAGGAGAGAGAGAAAGAAAGACUAAGAGGGGAGGCUGAGGAAAGAGAGAGAGAGAGGCAAAGGAGGCUGGAAGAGGAAGAGAGGCUGAGGGAAAGACAGAGACAGGAGGAAGAGGAGAGAAAAAGAAGGGAGUUAGAGAGGAGAAUGCAGCAGGAAAGAGAGCGAGAGAUGGAGAUGAAGCAAAUAGAAAAACAGAGAGAGGAGGAGAGAAGGGAGGAGGAGAGGGUGCGACAGACGGAGAGGGAAAGAUUGGUGGAGGUGGAGAGAAAAAUGCAGGAGGAAUUGGAAAUGAAGCGAGAGAAAGAACUGGAGGAGAAGUUGAGAAUGUAUAAAGAAAGAGAAAGGGAGGGAAGGAGUGCAGCAGAUUUGAUCAGCUUUGACUCUGAAGAUGUCCCUCCGAAGUCAAAGGGAGACCACUCCGAGACCGCUGAGAGUCCCAUCAAAGUUGUGUACGAUGACUUCUCCGUCAGGAAGCCUCAGAUCGAAGUGGAUUUUGACGAUUUUUCAGUCAAGCCGAAGAGAUGGGGCUCUCAGGCCAAAGCAGAAACUAGUAGUCCAGUCGUCCACAGCUGGACAACCAGUCCUGUGGAUAGAAGAGAAGAGCUGGAGGUGCUGAUGCCCCUGAGUGUAUCCCCUCAGGAAAACUACGCACCCAAGCAUGUUGCAAAACUAGACAGCCCAGAGCCUCCUCCACCUGUGGAGAAAGCAGAGGAGAAGGAGGAAGUGGAGGAGAGGCCAGAGGAGGGACAGCUCAUCUCAGUACAGGUGGAGGAAGAGGAGGAGAAGGAGAUGGAGGAAGAGGAGGAGAUGGAUGAAUCAGAAGAAGAAGAAGAGCAGAAGACACAGGUUCACAGUUAUUCUUUAAACGGAGAAGACAAAGACACUGAUGCUUUGAUAGACAGUGAGCCUGAGCAGCUGAGUCCCAGCCAUGAGCAGACAUCUGAAACUGACAGUCCAACACUGAUCCCUGACGAAGUUCCUGAAGUCGCCUCUCAAGAUGUUGAUACCCCUGAUUUGUCUUCAUUCCCUGAGAGUGCCGCUCCACUCCUCGACAACAGCGCACAGAGAUCCAAGGCCAAUGUGGGAAAGAGGCGACUUCGAUCACGUCCGUCACGCUCGCUCCGUUCAGGGCCAACUCCAAGGGACAUGUUGGAUUGGAGAGCUUGUGACACCACAGAUGGAAAGGAGGCAUCUUUCCAGCAAAGGGAGUCAGAUUCUGAGGAGGAUCAGCCAAAACCGAAGAAAGCCUUACCUCCCCCUCCCACCUCUCAAAGAGUCCCCAUGUUCCCUGGUCUGAGCCCUACAGCCCUGAUUGCUCAAUUAAAAAGAAGAACAACUGGAGGAGGAGUGGAAACGGAAGACAAGAAGGGAAGAGAAGAGAGGGGAGGUCAACGCGAGGAAACAGCACCAUCACCCUCACAAGUCUCCCGCUCGCCGCGCUCUGCUGCUCAUCUUGCGGGGGCCGCACGAGUGCUGCCACCCCUGGGCGGCACUGAUGGAGGUACCAGCUCUUCUCCUGCCUGGCUGAAAGAACUGAAGUCUAAGAAGCGUCUGAGUCAUCAUGACAGUGAGGCUUAGCCAGACACAGGACACUGCCAUAGCCUUUAAGCAAGGACCAAUCCAUCUCAGCUGCUGAUGCUCCUGACAGACAUCUUGUCAAGAUUGCUCCAUUUGCACUUCCAGUGCCUUAUUGUGAGCCUUUACUGGUACAUUCAGACGGUUUUCUGAAUAUAGAGGCCCUCGAGAACUUUUAUCUUGUAAAUGAAAUAAUGGUGCCAAGGCUGAGAUGUUUUAAUGCCAAGUUUUAUGUUUUAUUGACUGUUGUACAGAGGCUCAAUGGAGGGUGAACACCUCAGUAUAAUUUAGAAAAAAAGCCAUGUCUGAAUGUGCAAGUCCAUCACAUACUGAUAACACUAGACCUCCAGCAGAGCAGGACCAUCAUACACAUGCACCCCUAUAUUAUAUAUACAGGAACUACUGAACAUAAAUGAUGGAUUGCAAAUUGUGUGUAUUUCGUGGAAAUUGUAUAAAAUUCCUUUUGCAUUAUUUUACCAAUCACACAUCGUCCCAUGUAAAACUAUCUAGCACUUUAAGAUACUUUUUUCCUUCCAUACAGUACGAUAGAUUAAUCAAGGAUAUAACUAGAAACAGGGUCAAGGGAUUUUCUUUUACUUUUUUUAACAACUUGAAUGCCUUUCUUCUCUUCAAAGUUGCACAGCACGUAAGGAUACAGUCCCUGGUUUUAAUAAAAUGCACAGUAGCUGAUCUGGACAUCAGCUGGGAGCUGGGAGGAAAAUCUCAGAAAUUCUGUAACAGAUUCAGAGUGUGUGUCUCGUAAAAUCUAAAAACAAAUGUUUUCAUCUGCUUGAAAUUAAUUUGCAAGUGCUUUUUUUAAACGUUAACGAUUGACUGUCAUCAAUGCUGUAAUCAUUUCUGAUCAACUGUCCGUAUGAUAAGAGGAAAUCGAGGGGAACUUUAUUAAACUUUUUCUAUGAAA